AUGGUUGAUUUUUCAUUAAAGAAGGCUAGGACUAACUGGAAGAAUGUCUCUGGAUCACCUAGAAAGGGCAAAACUCCUCCUUCCCCUAUUAAAUUAAGUAGCAAGAAAGAUGAGACCUCAAGCUCUAAAAAGAAAAAAAAGACCAAGAAGAAGAAGGAUAAUUUAGAUUUGAACGUCUCCCCUGAGUACUCACAAUUGCCAACGAUCAAUGCCAAAGAAAGAACAAAAGUUGCUUCGUCCAUGCAGAGAAGAUUAUCUGUCCAUACAGCAAACUAUGCUCCCCCAAAAGUAGAUUACUCAAUGCCAAUUCCACAAAAUAAUAUAUUGACUCAAUAUAACGAUACUAAUCAAACUACAUCUGCUAGUACGGCCUUGGAUUUCAAUAAUAAUAACAAUAUCAAUAACAUUAAUUCUAACAUUGAGUUACCUGCAAGAAGUGCUAAACGUGCUUCUGCCAUGUAUGCUUUACCCAAAUCAUCAGAUGUUUCUUUAGCAAUGAAUAAACACCAGACUGACAGAGGAGCUAUCUUGCAGCCUGCUUCCUUAAGACGUAUCUUGGCUGAUCCUAAUUUCAAUGCCAAGAAUUUUGUAAAGCAAAAUCUGGGAGAUGCAACCGCGUUAGAUAUCGAUAAAUUCACUUCAAAUUUAACAAGUUUGUCAAUUGAGGUACAAGAAGAUGUUAAACAAAAUGUCAAUCAAUCGUACAAAGAAAUAAUGACAGUUAAUAAUGAUUUAAAUAUAACAAACUCAGAAUUGAAAAAUUUGAGAAAGAGUAUAAAUGAUUUAUAUGAAAUAAUGCAGCAAUUUAUGACAUUAGCAGAAGGGAGAAUUAAACAGGAACACCAAAAUAGUAGAGAAUCGCAUGCAGAAUCCACCAGUCAUAAAAAUAAAGGAUUACUGCCACCAGUUAGAUCUAGUAAUUCAUCAAAAUCAAGAAAUCGUUCCAGUGUAAUGAUUUUGGAAAAAAUGUGGGAUGCUGAUUUAUCUGUGCUCUAUAAAAAUGUUGAAGGGUCAAAGAAACUGCUUGGCAAUAAUUCUAAUAGGCAUAUUCUAUAUGAGGGCAACGAUUGGAUAGAGUUAAAUAUUGCAACAUUAAAACCGCUUCAGGUUGUUAAGCUAUACGUAUUGAACGAUGUUGUAUUAAUUGCGAAAAGACAGUCAAAUAGUUCUGAACUUACAGCGUCUCAAUGCUUUAAUCUAAGAGAUCUAAGCGUAAAACCAGACAAAGAAUCCGGUAAUAAAUUAUAUUUUAAUGUCAGUUCUUCCAGCAAAUUGCUAUUCCAAACAAGGAACAACAAUGAAACAUUCCAGUUUUUGAAUACAUUCAGAAGUGCAAAAGAUGAUUUAUCUGAUAUAUUAAAAUUUGAGGAAGAAAAAUCCAAAAAGAUUAAAGAAUCGUUUUCACACAUUGCUUCUCAACAGACACCAGGACGUGAGAGUAUGAAGAGUCCUGUUAGAAAUCAGAGAAACAGCACAUCGCUCAUGUCACCAACACAAAAUGGAGCAACUGACCAAUAUCUAAUGCAAACUAUCACAAUGUCUAUGCAUAGUAGACCAAAAGCCAAUGAUAUGAAUUUUACGGCUAAAAAACUAAAAUUCUUAGAAAACAUGAUAGAGGAAUUUGAUAUUGAACUAGCAAGAUUAAAAUUUGAUAAAGCAGUUGGUAUAUUACUAUCAUUAGAAGAAGAAAAUAAUAAACUACCGAACGAAAUUGAUAGAGAUGAAGAAUUGCUUCAUAGAUUAUUAUUUGUACGAAUCGCUCAAAGAAGAGAGUUAAUAAUAUCGACGUUAACACAAAAAAUUAUCAGUAUAACGGACAUUGAUUCUUUAAAAUCCGGUUGCUUGAAUCUUAUUAAAUUAGGAUUGUACGAAGAAGGUCUUGAUUUACUGCUGCAAAAUAGAUCUAGAUUGAUUUUAGAUUUAAUUUUGAAAAUAGGAACAUAUGAUAAUCCUACAAAUUAUUUAACACAGAUAUCCGUAAUAAGGUUUCAAAUAAUUAAAAAGACAAUUUUAAAUUUUGAAGAUAUAUUCAAAGAUGCUGCAAAUAAAUUUUCUUCAAUACUAGUAACUUGGUGCAAAAAUGAAGUUGAUAACCACUUUAAACUGAUAGAUAAGCAAUUAUUGAGUGAUGAAAUGUUAACACCUGAUUCUAUUAAAUCAUCCAGAAAACAAAUUGAUGACUUAAAAUCUGUAGGUUUGGACUUCGUUUAUAAAUUGGAUGAAUUCAUUAAAAAAACAGUUCUAAAAUCAUUUAGCUUAAACGAUCUCCCUUGA